AAACAUGGAUGGAGUUUAAUGGCUUCGCAGAAAACAGUUUUGAAAGCAAGACCUCUUUGGUUUGGUUUCUUGGUAGCAGAAUAAGGUAAUUCUCCAUCAAGAGCAGACUUGGGACCUCCCGAUGGCGGCUGCUGCAGCUGCUUCUGCUUCAAGGACCUUCCUUUACUCUCAACAGAGACUCUUCUUGCAUCCCUUCUGCAUACCUUCCCGACAUAUAGCUGCCCUCAGCGGGCGCCGGACUGCCGUAUCGCCUCCCAUCAUCAGGUGCCUACACUCCACUUCUGUCCCACAGAACCAGGAAAAGGCGGUUCCCCGUCCCAAUGUGGUGCAGGUUCUCGAAGAAAGGGGAUUGAUUGAAUCCGUCACCGAUAACCUCCGCUCGGCUUGCUGUAACUCCACUCUUAAAGUCUACUGCGGUUUCGACCCAACUGCCGAGAGCUUGCACCUGGGAAACCUUCUGGGCAUCAUAGUGCUCUCCUGGUUCCAGCGUUGCGGCCACAAAGUAGUCGCCUUGAUAGGCGGAGCCACAGCUAGGGUAGGCGACCCCUCUGGCAAGAGCCUUGAGAGACCCGAGCUGGAUUCCCAGACUUUAGAGAAAAAUUCGAUCGGAAUCACCGAUACAGUCGCCAGAAUUCUUGCUGCUUCUUCUGCCGGGGAUGACGAUUCGUUUCUGAUAUUAAAUAACUACGAUUGGUGGAAAGAGGUUCGCUUGCUGGACUUUCUGAAACAAGUGGGUCGAUAUGCGCGGGUGGGGACGAUGAUGGCCAAGGAGAGCGUGAAGAAGAGGCUUGAAUCAGAGCAAGGGAUGAGCUACACGGAGUUCACCUACCAGCUUUUGCAAGGCUACGAUUUCCUUCACCUCUUCCGGGAUGCCGGCGUCAAUGUUCAGAUUGGUGGCAGCGACCAGUGGGGGAAUAUCACCGCCGGCACUGAGCUUAUCCGCAAGAUUCUGCAGCUGCAGGCCGAUGGCAGUGCGGAUGGCCCCCAUGGUUUGACGUUUCCACUACUCCUAAAGAGCGACGGAACGAAAUUUGGCAAAUCUGAGGAUGGUGCUGUUUGGCUCUCCCCAUCCAUGUUUUCUCCCUAUAAGUUCUAUCAGUAUUUCUUCUCUGUCCCGGAUGCUGAUGUUGUGAGAUUCCUCAAGAUUCUCACUUUCUUGGACACGGAGGAGAUUACUUCGCUGGAAAGGGAUAUGAAGAGUCCUGGCUAUGUCCCAAACACAGCUCAGCGUAGGCUCGCCGAGGAAGUUACCCUGUUCGUCCAUGGAGAAGAUGGUUUGAAUGAGGCUAUCAAGGCCACUCAAGCCUUGAAACCAGGAGCUGAUACUAAGUUGGAUUGGAAGACAAUUGAGGGCAUUGCAGAGAACGUUCCCUCUUGCUCUUUUGCUUAUGAUGAAGUUGUUAAUGUUCCUCUGGUUGAUCUUUCUGUCUCUUCUGGUUUAGUAGACACUAAAUCUGCUGCACGCAGGCUCUUGAAGCAAGGGGGAUUAUACAUGAACAACUGCAGGGUGGAUAACGAAAGUAAGAGGAUUGAGUCUCAGGACAUCAUUGAUGGAAAAGUGCUCCUCUUAUCAGCAGGCAAGAAGAACAAGCAUUGGUUUUACGAGUGCUAGAGUUGCAGGGGUACAACCUAGACGUCACAAGUUCAAUUCUUGAAAACCACCUCUCCACGUAUUAUAUGAAGGCCUGCCUCUUUUUUUAGUAGGUGAUGCAAUUGCUUCGCUAAUCUUGUAUGGUGUAAGAUAAUGGCUUUGGUCAUAAACAAUCCUCACGUGCGAGAUGUAAGCUGCCAUGAAUUAAAAGAGAAGAAUCUUGACUCCAGUGCAACUGGGAAGCAUUUCACAAUCACAUGCAAUGCCUGCUCAUGGAUCAGUAUCGGGCACCAUCCUCUCAGUUUCCUUGGUUGAUAUCUCGACAAGGUACAACUAAAGUCCUUAUCAAGUGGAAAGAAGCCUGUGACUCAGGUGCAGCCAUCACUUCACAAGAAUAGCGCAAUUGCUCCGUGAAUCUGGAACUCGAAGUCUAUCUCAUCGUGCUCGUUGUUUUGAGAAGAUAGCUGCACAGAAGCUAAAACUAGUUAGCUAAACAGGAGCCAAAUAAGAUGCAAGAUUGGCAAGAAAGGAACAUACAUAGAAAGCAGUAACAGUUCCCGCAGAGUCGCCUGGAACCAUCUUAAUGUGCAUGCUGAAGUGACCGAACAAGUAAGAGCCUUUGGACUGAAAUCCAGUCCCUUGAUUACAUGAAAAAGGGCAAGGAAAAAAGAAGAAGUCAGAAGAUCAAGCAUAUAGAAUUAUGAACCCGGAUCCAAAAAGAA